AAGUUAUAGGUCUAGCUUUCCCCUGAACAACAUUCAGCAUGUCUCCUCCUGCUGCUACCUUCGACAUUCCCGUCGCCAACACUGGCAAUGGCUUGAGCCUCAAGAAGGACCUCGCUGUCAAGCCCGCUGCGAGUGGCGUGGCCAAGUCUCUGGCAGAGAUCGAGCACAACUGGGAGAAGUUCACCUUUGCCCCCAUCCGCGAGUCGCAGGUUUCGCGUGCCAUGACCCGUCGCUACUUCAACGACUUGGACACCUACGCCGAGUCCGACGUUGUCAUUAUCGGUGCCGGAUCCUGUGGUCUCAGUGCCGCGUACACGCUGGCCUCCAAACGUCCCGAUCUCAAGAUCGCCAUGGUUGAGGCUGGCGUUGCUCCCGGUGGCGGUGCUUGGCUCGGUGGCCAGCUCUUCAGUGCCAUGGUCAUGCGCAAGCCCGCCGAGCUCUUCUUGAACGAGAUUGGCGUGCCGUACGAGGACGAGGGCGACUUCGUCGUUGUCAAGCACGCUGCUCUGUUCACUUCGACUCUGAUGAGCAAGGUGCUGAACUUCCCCAACGUCAAGCUGUUCAACGCUACUGCUGUGGAGGACCUCAUCACUCGACCUGCUCCGACCUCAAACGACCCGAACGCCGUUCGUAUUGCUGGUGUCGUCACCAACUGGACUCUUGUCUCCAUGCAUCACGAUGACCAAUCCUGCAUGGAUCCCAACACCAUCAAUGCACCCCUCAUCAUCUCCACUACUGGCCACGACGGUCCCUUUGGCGCCUUUAGCGUCAAGCGCCUCGUCUCCAUGCAGCAGCUGCCCCAGCUCGGCGGCAUGCGCGGCCUCGACAUGCGCACUGCCGAAGAUGCCAUUGUCAAGCGCACCCGCGAGGUGGUUCCCGGUCUCAUUGUUGGUGGUAUGGAACUCAGUGAGGUUGACGGUGCCAACCGCAUGGGCCCUACUUUUGGAGCCAUGGUCCUCAGUGGCGUCAAGGCUGCCGAGGAGGCUAUUGGUGUUUGGGACGAGAGGAAGGCUCAGAACGACGAGUAGAGCUUGAUCGCGCGUUACGUGGACUAGGACUGUCGCUACUGUCGUCCGAUGAACGAAGUGAACUAAAACAAUGCAAGUGACUCAUUCGA